AUGGCCGAGAGCGAACGAGCAACGACCAGCAACGACUCGCCGAAUCCGUAUCUGACACGGCCCAGCACAUCGACGACAGGGGCAACGACAGCGUCGUCCUCCUCCUCAUCCUCCUCCUCGGCCACGACAAGCAAAGGCGCCGAGGCCAAACACGAGACGCGGCUGUACGUGGGCAACCUGCAUACCACGGUGGACGAGUAUACGCUCAUCCAGACGUUCGCCAAGUACGGCAAGAUUGCGAAGCUCGACUUUCUGUUCCACAAGAGCGGGCCGCAGCGCGGGCAGCCGCGAGGCUAUGCGUUUGUCGAGUAUGCGCAUGCGGACGAGGCGUUGCGCGCGCUCGCAGCCACGCACGGCAAGACGCUGCGAGGACGCAGGAUCGCGGUCAGCUUUGCCUCCAAGACUGCCGAUGCGGACCAGCACGCAGCCGCGGCGGGUGUAGGCGCGCAUCGACGCGACCGAAGAGCUGGGCACGAUGGCCAAGCCGCCAGGACGACGCAGCUGAGCCUGAGCAAGAACGCAAAGCAGCCGCACUCGACCGACGCCAAGAUCGCCGCCAUGGAGGCCAAGCUCGCCCACCUGCGUAAGGCCAAGUCGACUGAACCGUCAGGUCCGCCGGCCACGGGCAAAGCUUCAUUACCUCCCAAGCCGGCUUUUACCGCUCGCAAGCAUCAACAUCGACCGUGA